AUGCCGUCCUGCAUGAAGGAAGAUGAAAGAAUCGAGAACAUCAUUCGAGGUCUAUUGAAGCUCUCACAGAAUAGAAGAUGCAUUAAUUGCAACUCUUUGGGACCUCAAUAUGUCUGCACAACUUUCUGGACAUUUGUAUGCACCAACUGCAGUGGAGUGCACAGGGAGUUCAGUCAUCGAGUAAAGUCGGUGUCAAUGGCAAAAUUUAGUGCUGAGGAAGUCAGAUCUUUAGAAGAUGGAGGAAACAAGCGAGCAAGAGAGAUAUAUUUCAAAACAUGGGACCCGCAGAUUAAUUCGUCACCAGAUGGCAGUAAUCUUAUGAAACUUCGGAAUUUUAUUAAGCAUGUCUACAUAGAGAGGAGAUUUACCGGUGAAAAGAGUUCAGAUAAACUUGCUUUCCUUAAAAUGGAAUUAAAGGAUGGCUUCUUUGAGAAGUCUUCCUAUGGUAGAUGCAGUACUGGUCGUAGGGAUGAGUACUAUAAGAAGCAUUCUUCCAUUAGAUCGUACUCGAGAGGAGGCCAUGAACCAAGAAGUGUAAUGAAUUCUGUAGAGGGAAAAAGUCCUUGGUACCAAGAAAAUGGGACCCCUUGUGCUCGUCGAACUCGUUCAUGUGCUCGCUUUGAUAUCAUAGAUGACAGAUUCCGUGAUAAUGAUUAUGGGAAAGUGACAAUGCAUGAAAGGCACCGGUUUACUGGCUCACUGCAGAGGGGAGUGAGUUUAUCACCAGAUAUUCUCACAAGUACUGAGACUACUCCCUGGGAGAAGGUAGCAGAGACCAGUAGUCCAGCAUCUACCAAUGGGAAACAGGAGGUACAGAAAAUAGAAAGAUCAAAUAGCAUGAUUGAUACAAAAGUCAAAGCUGAUGCUGCACCUGAAAGCUCCAAUGCGUCAGUGUCAUCAAACAGAUACGAAGUAGUCCAGUCAAGUAAUAGAGGGAAUUCGUUGUUUUUCUCCUCAACACAGCAAAGGUCUCCAGAAAAGGCUUCCAAACCUCCAAGUGUGAAUUUUGUCGAAGUAUUAUUGCUUGAAUUGGCAAGUCCGGUGGUUGUGCCUGUAGGCAGCACAUCUGAAGUACCAAGCAGUGUUGAUGCUUUAUCGACCACACCUGCAACAUUAUCAAAUGGUGUUAAUACUAGUGCAACUGCAUCUAACAUGGGAUUACUAGCAUUGCCUAGUAGUGGCGGAGAUUCAUUGGAUGAGGUUGCUAAUGGUAAACAUUUACUUGAGACAAAGCAGCAUCAGCCUUCUGCAUCUUCGACUGUAGACAGUAGCUCAACUGACAGACAGAGUUCUCUUCCUAUUGAAACUUCCUCUAAUAAGAACUUGUGUCCAUCAGCUGCACAAAAUUUGCAACCUCAAGUUCUAUCUUAUCAGCUAUCAUGGCCUUCACCUGCAUUAACUUCUCAAGCACAAACUUCACCUAAUCAGCAUUCAUGGCCUUCACCAGAAUCAAAUUAUCAAUCUGCCUCAAAUUCUCAACCAGCACCAAAUUCUGAAGCAUCAAUUUCUUCGAAUUCUUCGUCAGGACAAUUCUCUCAUGUUGCUGAUAAGCUUCCUUUGGAUAAUAAUCUGGCAGAUGCAUCAAUACCUGCCGCAAGAAAGGAACUACCAGCGGACAUUUUCACGUCGCCGUAUUCAUUAUACCCUGCAUCAGUUCCUUACGGGCAGUUUCAUCCAGCUCAACAAAUGUGGAUGGGCAUGGGAAUGCAUUACCAUCCCAGUCCUGUGGUAUCUCAACCUUCUUAUUACUGA